AUGGCCACCGCCGAGACCGUCGACCUAGGCCCACCCCACGCGCCCAAGGACGAAUCCCUCAAAGCCUUCGGCGAGUUCGAGUCGGAACUCAAGCACAAGGUGCUGCAUCUAAAGCACACAUACCUAAAGCACGAGCCCGAGUACUUCGCCGCCGUGCAGCACCUCUCCGACGCGGACCUGACGUCCUUCACAUCGUCCGACUUCGAGAGCGUGCGCGUCGCCGUGAGCGCCUACGGCAUCAUAAUGUUCGGCAAGCUGAGAAUCCCCGCCAUGCCCGACUCGGGCCCGGCCUACAUCCACUUCCGCGCCUUCACGGCGGGGCCCGACGAGACCGCCAGUCUGCACAGCAUCCACACCGAGGAGAGGGAGGAGCCCAAUGGCGGGAAGAAGUACCGCGCCAUCUUCACGAAAGAUGACGCGCUCGAGUGGUUUGACACCUAG